AUGAAUGAAAGACAAAAGGCUGAAUUAGAAGGAAAUAAAGGAAAAAGUUUAUUUUGCAAGAUUUCACUUAAUGGAUCAUAUGGUUACGAUGCAAUGAAUACACAAAAUUACGCAAAGACUAAAAUAAUGAAUGCACAGAAGGCACGCGUUGCAUGUAUGUCAAAUAAGUUUAAAAACAUAAGAGAAAUAGGAGAAGAUACAUAUCAAGUGAUGCUUAAAGAUAGAUUUUAUAGAUGUGAUACAUGUUUACAAGAGGCAUUCUUCACUUUAGAUAAUGCUAAAUACUGGUAUUUGGUUUUCAUUUAUGAUUUUAUGUAUAAAUGUAUGAAUGUUAAUCGUUUUCAUUUCAUUGAAGGUGAUACUGAUUCAUCUUAUUGGGCAAUCGCUGGCGAUCCAAAUCUUCCUAACACUCAAGCAUUUCAAGCAAUUGUUACCGAUAAACAAUUUUAUGAUAAAAACAUUUACAAAUUCGCACCUUUUGAUUUCUUCUGUUUUGAUGAGAAAUUUAAACCUAAAUUAAAGAAUAAAGCUGAAGAAAAAGCACAUGAGAAGAAGUUAUUGGGUUUAGCAAUUGAGAAACAAGGUGAUAACAUGGUUGCUUUAUGUCCUAAGUGUUAUACAUCAUUCAACGGUUCAAUUGAUGGAAGUGAUUUUAAAAAGAUUGCACAAAAAAUGAAAGGUGUUAGUUUACGACAAAAUAAACAAUUAACACCUAAAAAUUAUUUGGAUAUAAUAAAUGAUAAAGUGAUAUUUGAUGGUCAAAAUAUUAAUUUACAACUUAAAAACGGGUCAAUGACUCGCUUAACAAUCGGUAAGACCGCAUUAACAGGAGCACACACUAAGGCUGUAUGUUGUGAAAAUGGAUGUUGUAUGCCAUUUAUUUAA